GUCGCCGCGAUCCCGGGCCCUGGGCUGUGGGCGCCGAGGCGCCCGAGGCUUCCCGGUGCGCUCCGCCAGGAUGGCAUUAGGUCUGUGUCUGGAGGUGCUAUGCAGCCUGGGUGGCUGGCUCUCCCUCUAUACAUCUUUCUGCCGCCUGAAUAAGCACCGAAGCUAUGAGUGGAGCUGCCGGCUUGUGACCUUCACCCAUGGAGUCCUCUCUAUAGUCCUCUCUGCUUACAUUGGCUUCAUUGAUGGCCCUUGGCCCUUUACCCACCCAGGCUCACCCAACACACCACUCCAAGUUCACGUUCUGUGUCUCACCUUGGGUUAUUUCAUCUUCGACCUGGGCUGGUGCAUCUACUUCCGGUCCGAGGGUGCCCUGAUGCUGGCUCACCACACACUGAGCAUCUUGGGUAUCAUCAUGGCUCUGGUACUUGGGGAAUCUGGCACUGAGGUCAAUGCAGUCCUCUUUGGCAGUGAGAUCACCAACCCCUUGCUACAGAUACGCUGGUUUCUCCGUGAAACGGGCCACUAUCACAGUUUCACUGGAGAUGUGGUGGACUUCCUCUUUGUGGCUUUGUUCACUGGGGUGAGGAUUGGUGUAGGAGCGCACCUCCUUUUCUGUGAAAUGGCCUCACCCACACCCAAGUGGUUUGUGAAGGUUGGGGGAGUUGCAAUGUAUGCUGUGUCCUGGUGUUUUAUGGUUAGCAUCUGGCGCUUUGCGUGGAAGAAAAGCAUCAAGAAGUACCAUGCGUGGAGAAGCAGGCAGAGCGAGGAAUGGCAGCUAAGGCACAAUGGACAUCUCAAGACACACUAGCCAAGGUUUGCUCCAAGGAAUGGACUGGAUUGAGUCAGCCAUGGGAGGGGUUGGAAUGGGUAUGUAAUGGUUAGCACGCUUAAGUUUCAAAACACAAGAAAAAAGGGCUAUGUAUCUUGAUCACUUCGGUCAGUUUCCAAGCUGAGCACAUGCAGCGUGCAAACCCUUCUUCCUGCAGUGGCGUACUUGUACUGAGUGAGCCUCCUGGGUGGUGACUGGGAAGAAAGAAGACAGGGAGGUGAGGUGAGGUGAGGUGAGGGCCACUGGCAUUCAAAUUUUGAGUCCUCAUGUCCCCGGGAGGCUUGAUAUCCAGAUAGCUUUGAGAGGAAUUUGAAAAAAGACGAAUCUCUUUUGUUCCUUUAGAGGUAACUCCUCUCACACCCACUGAUUCUGGCUUUCCAGGUAACCAUUUAUGUUAGGUUUGCCUCAUGCUGUAAGGAGAGAGAUCAAGAAGACACACGUGUUUAGCGUUGUACCCGGGAACUGGAUCUGCUUAUGCAGAGAAUGGGCUAGAAGGAUGGGGGUAAAACUUGCAGUCACAGCAGGAGACUUCCUACUGAGCCACCCAUAUCCACUGUCAGAGCCCCCCCCCCACCCCCGGCCUCCCCCAGUCUCCCCCAGCCAUGCCUCUCAAGAGGACUCAGGGCUCAGCAUAUAGCCUUACUCACAACUUUGAUUUACUAGAGUGAAAGGAUUCAAAGAAAACUCAGCAAAAGGGAAAAGCGCUUUUGGCAAAGUCCAAGGGGAUUCAGGCAUGGGCUUCUAAAGUUUUCUCUCAUUUGGAUACACAGGAAUGAUUUGUGACAACAUGUGAAAGUCAUCAAAGACUUUUAUUGGUGACAGUUCAUGUAGGCAGCUUCUGCCCAGCAUAUAGCAACAUUCAAGACUCCACAAGGGAAAGCCAUAAUGUUUGCAGAAACAUUUUAGGAACAUUGAACCGAUUUUAUUCAUUACGUGGUGGGAAUCCUCCCAAAGUUGCAGUUCCCAGAUGCUGGCCAAGGCCCAACCUUACAAGUAGGUCCUUCCAAGGAUAGCAGUUCAAGCCUGCUGCGCUAAUUUUUGUGCACAAAAAACAUAGAGCUAGGGCUUUGGAUACAAGAUGAAUGAGAUGUGGGUAGAUCUGCCGAGCCCUGUUGUACAGGUUCUGCCCUACCAGGAAAACUAUGCCAGUUCUCAGGGCUUUUGUGAAUUAAUCUCCUAGGCAUGAGAGACCAUGACUAAAUUCCAUAGGGAUUUACCAUGUGGAUUCCACUGGACUUGAGAUGAGAGUUCAGGUUUCAGCUCUGUGGUAUAUACUGCAAACUAGAACCAAAGAUUUUAGCAGGGGUACUGGCCUCAGGGUAAUGAGGACAAUUUUAAAUCCAUUCCUACCCUCCUUCUCCCUCCUUCCUUUUUUUCCUUCCAUAUUCUUUUUAGUUCUUUUCUUUGUAAAAAACAUUUUUGUUGCAGGGUGUGAUGGUGCAUGUCUUUAAUCCCAGCACUUAGGAGGGCAGAG